AUGACGAAUAUUUUAAUGAAGAAAAAAUUUAUUAUGAGAAGUACUACUGGAAAGAGCUCUGAAAUGGUUGUUGAAAGACCAGUUUAUGAAAUGGAUGAAUUAAACGAAAUAUGCAAAUUUGAAGAACCUCAUGAUUCAUGCAAAGAAAAAUCUAAAAAGCUACUUAAAUUAAUAAAACCUAAACCAAGCUUAAAAAAAAUAGUACCUCUGUUAGACUGGUUGCCAGGUUAUAUAUGGAAAGAAUGGUUUGCGGGAGAUUUAGUGAGCGGUAUGACUCUUGCAGUCUUACAACUACCUCAGGCAAUGGCUUGCGCAGUACUGGCUGACAUACCUCCUGUAAAUGGUAUUUAUACGUCAAUUUUCCCUGUUCUAGUUUAUGUCAUUUUUGGAACAUCAAAACAUGUUUCUGUUGGUACAUUCGCUGCGGUUUCUUUGAUGACAGGAGCAGUUGUAACUGAACAUAUGUCGAUUCGAACCGAAAAAAAUCUCACUAAAACUCUAAUUCAUCCAAAACAUGAUUUUUAUUCUUCACAGUAUACUGAUGUCGAAGUGGCACAAACCAUUUCUUUUACAGUGGCCUUAAUAGAGUUAUGCAUGUAUGUUUUAAGACUUGGAAUAGUUGCUCAGCUAUUGUCAGAAACGUUUCUUAAUGCCUUUACUUGUGCCGCUGCCUAUCAUAUCGUAAAUUCGCAGAUACGCGACCUUUUGGGAAUAGGCACGAAGAAGCGAAUAGGAAAUUUUGCCAUUCCUCUGACAAUAUCCGAUAUAGCUAAGGCGUUUUCCGCAGCAAACUUCUUAGCAAUGGGGAUUUCUUUUGCUGCUUGUACCACUUUACUAUUAAAUAAUUAUGUGUUUAAGCCAUGGCUAUCCAAACGAACUUCAAUACCAUUUCCUGCAGAAUUAGUUGUUGUCGGAAUUGUCACGACAUUCAGUAAAACCAUGGACUUUGAAAAGAACUAUAAUAUUACCAUAAUUGGAUUUAUUCCUACAGGGUUUCCAAAACUGUCUAUUCCAAAAUUUCAACUUGUUCCAGCUAUUUUAAUGGAUUCUUUUACAAUUACUAUUGUAUGCUAUGCUGUAACAAUAUCGCUGGGUUUGAUUUUCGCACAAAAAUGCAUGUAUGAGGUGGGCUUCAAUCAAGAACUUUUAGCUUUGGGUUUGAGUAACGCGUUUGGUUCAUUCUCCUUGUGCAUGCCAAUUUCAGCUUCUUUAUCCAGGUCCGUACUUAGAUACAAUGCAGGCGGUCGAACGCAGUUGUCUGCUGUUGUAUCGAGCGGCAUUUUGAUAAUGGUCAUUUUGUGGAUUGCUCCACUUUUUGAAACACUUCCCAGGUGUAUUUUAGCAAGCAUAAUUGUAGUAGCAUUGACGGAACUUCUAUUGAAAGUGCGAUUUAUAUGUAAAUAUUGGCAAUUGAGUUCAUGGGAUGGUACUGUAUGGAUCAUUACGUUUUUAGUAACGUUUAUCGUUCAAAUAAGUUACGGUUUAAUAGCUGGAAUUGUCGUUUCCUUAUUGGUAAUUUGCAUAGAAGGAAACCAACUGCAUACCUGUCUCCUUGGAAUUGUUCCGAAUACGGAUCUGUAUUUGGACGUGGAAAAAUAUAAAGCGGCCCAAGAAAUUGACGGUAUUAAAAUCUUUCACUCUACUGGAGGGCUGAAUUUUGCCAUUAGCAAGAGUUAUAAAAAAGCACUUAUCAGAGAGACUGGACUGGAUCCAGGAGUUGUAUUUAAUAGAAGAAUACAAUUACAUAAAAAAGGGUUGCCCGAUGAUGAGGUUAUUAUUAUAAAAGUUGUUAUACUAGAUUUUUCGCAUGUUACCUUUAUUGAUACUGCUGGAGUGGAUUUCUUAAGAACUUUAAGGGAUGAUUAUGAACGGAUAAAUAUUGAAAUGGAGAUUGCUGGAUGUCCAGGUUCUGUAUUCGAAGUAAUAAUAAGAUGUAAUAGAAUUGAGAAAAAAGAAAGGAAAUUUCUAAUAUUUCCUACAGUUCAUGAUGCCGUUUUAUUUGCACAAAUGAAUUUUAUUUCCAAAAAUAAGUAG